UCUUCUUGGCCUGUACGGCUUGUCACAGCGCACUCAUCUCGUGGAAACUUGACGAGCCGCAUAAAACAUCCUUCCCAAGUCGGUCUUUUUCGACCCCGCAGGGUGAAGAACUGAAACAGAACUCGGAAGCAUUCGCGAAACCAAGUGUGCAAUCCUGCAGGGAUAGCAAGUGAUCUUGACUGAACGGGCGGGGACGACGAAGAGAGACCAUACCUGUUCUGUCAGCACCACAGCUCCCAACAAUAUGUCGAACGGCGGCCCUCCUCCUCCAUCAACCGCCCUCGGUGACCUCCGUCUCCUCGACCCAACCCAACUCCUCUCCUUCCUCUCAACCUCCGUCGCGUCACCCCAAUGCUCAUUCCAUCACUUCUUCAAGAUCAACCCCGACUCCCGCACCGUCCUCCUCGCCGACCCCACCCAAGAAGAACUCAGCCGCUGGUUCGUUUGCAAAGACUGCUUCACUCACCUCGACAUCCUCCCCUCUCCCGUUGCUUCCGACCCCGACGGGAAAUGCAUCAUCCACGGCGCGCCGUUCCACCACUACCAUGUCGUGAAAGUCACCCGGCGAGGCGGUGGCGGGAUAAACGACACCACAACGACGUCCGAGGCGGAGUACACAGCGGAAUGCUGUCAGUGUCAUCGACCGAUUGAAUUCACCAUCCGGCCGCCGGUGAUACCCGUCGCGACGCUGCGGUACUAUGCUACGAGGGAGACGCAGAUGCAGCGGAAUGCAUUGAGGAUGUGGUCGCGGUAUUUGAGGGAUAUGGUUGUGAGUGGGACGCAGAGGAGGCCGGUGAAUGCGCAGAAUAAGAAUUUUGCGGCGUGGAUUGGGGUUGAUGAGCAUAGUCGAAGCGUGUUUGGACAAAUGGGAUACGCUUACGAUAGGGAAGAGGGUCAGUUCAUUCCUGUGAACGCUGCAGACAGGACGAAAACGCUCUUAGCAUUACAAGAGAUCCAAUUCCAGCGAUGGAAAAAGGAAGGAAACCCAGGCUUAGACGACGACUGGCCACAAUAUUUCAGCGCGGUGCCCUUGAUCACAAAGUACCUCGGCGCAAAAGUCCAAGGCGAGAUGGGCUCCGAUAUGGUCGCCUACCUCAAAAGCCUCUCCGCAGACGACCUCGCACAACACUACAACGUCCUCGGCACCACCCGUGACGCCACCGACAGCAACAUCCGCUGGCUCUACGACCUCCUCACCGCGCACGAUCCUUCGCGAAUGACGAUUUAUCUCGACGCGGUCGCACAGCUCGCACAGGCGCGGAACAGCAACGACCUACAGGAACUGGUCGCCAUCGAGCGAUCCAAAGGCGCGCCACUACUCGGAGAAGUCGAAGCAGCCUACGCGACCAUCGGGAUGGGCGUAUCCCCCGAAACGACCGACGAUAUGCUCAUCAGCGCAUUCGCUACCGCCAUCAGCGACCGCCCCGACCGCGAGAUCGAGUACAGGGAGGCGCUCCGGACCAUCGCGUUUAUACGUGACAGCGGCGUCCUGCAGCAUUUCCUGGAAACGGGCGAGGUGUAUGAGUCGAUGGACGGCGUGACCCGCGCCGAGGAGGCGUUGCUGCCGGAUGUGAAGGAUACGACUAAACCCGCCGGGUUGGAAAAUAUUGGGAAUACGUGUUACUUGAACUCCCUGCUGCAGCUGCUGUUCACGGUUCGCGAGCUGAGGGAUGCGAUAUUCACUGUGGAGCCGCCGGUGCCCAUGGAAAUUGAUUCCCCGCUACCUGCGGACGGAACGAACCUGGAGGCGUCGGUGAGCUCGCUGUCGUCGGAUCCGGAGACGCGGAAGGAGGAGCAUGGGAAGAAAGCGCGGGAAUUUCUUAGACUUUUACAAAACCUGUUCAGUUCACUGAUAUGGAGCGACCGGCUGAGCAUUGCGCCACCGAGGGAGUUGGCGCGGAUUGCGCUGAAUAGCCAGAAUUUGGCGGGGGGGCAGCAGGAUAUCAGUGAGUCGAUGGACAACAUCAUGGGCUUGCUGGAGACGGUUUUGCUGGAAAAUGAUAAGGAGAAUUGUAUCAAGAGCCUCCUAUUCGGCAAAACCCUCCAAACCCUCUCCUACAAGGACAAAGACGGCAAACCCUGCACAAGCAACAAGAACGAAGAAUUCAGCCACCUGAUCAUCGAGGUGGCGGAUAACCUCUACACGUCGCUCGAUUCCUAUUUCGACGUUGCUAAAGUGGAUAUCGAAAACACUGAAGCGGAGCGCGAGCUCUCGAUUACGGACGCACCUCCCAUCCUCAUGUUUCAAAUACGGCGCGCGAAAUUCGACCGCGAAAAGAAGACGGCGUAUAAACUGAACGACUACAUGCGAUAUGAUUCGACGAUCUUUUUGGAUGCGUAUAUGACUGCCAAUGUCGAGAGUAGUCGGGAACGGAGGAGGAAGUUGGGGGAGGUUAGGGCGGCGUUGGGGAAGCUGGUGGAGCAGAGGAAUGCGGCGACGGAACCGCAGAGCCUGUAUCCAUUGUCGGAACAGGCUUCUGAGACUGAGCUCGUGCAAGAACUAUCUCUCCUCGAAGCCGGCGCCGAGAGCAAGCAAUUGGGGUAUACGCUCCACGCCGUCUUUGUGCAUCUGGGCGAAGCAUCAUACGGACACUACUACAUCUACCUCCGCGACGAGCCGCAAAAUCGAUGGUUGAAAUUCAACGACGCGGAUGUGACGGAAGUCCCGGAGUCGCAGGUGUUUUCGGAUACGACCGGAUCGACGGCGAAUGCGUAUGCGUUGAUUUACAUUCGGGCGAAAGACGCAUCAAACCUCGUCAACACAUACACCCGCACCCCUGCCAUCCGCGAAUACUACAUGGAGCAUUUCACCGCGCUGAGCUAUGCUGCUCUUGAGCGCGAGAAGGAGAAGGAUGAUGCGUAUGAAAGGCUGAAGGCGGGGAGGGAGGAGGCUGCGCGGGUUAAGGCGGAAGGCGCGGCGGUGAUGGGGGAGGCGGGGUCGCCUGCGCGGAAUAACCCUUGAGGUGAGAUCACGCGGCUGAUGCAUGGACGCUGGGGAUUCGGGAGUAUGGACCGUCUUUGUAGUUUUAUUCAAUGGGAAGUGCACAUAUUCCUCUCUGUAACUCUGUAACAAAAUUUCACACACACGAAGGUGUCUACCCCUUUGCACCAAGCCCGCAGGAGGGGAUGUGAACCGAUAGAUAAAAUGGUUUAUUCUGCGUUCCUGCUCUGGGGAAGUGCACGGAGGAAAAUACACUUGUACGGUCGCUCAUUAUUCUUGUCUACGCUGCCGGCAAGGGAACGCUUGGAUGCACCACACCAAAGUAUCACCCCGCGCUAUCCCACAGACAAGCGCCCUCACUCAACCCCCGGCCCCCGCUCCGCAAACCCCGACAUCCC